AUGUCUGGCGGGAUUUUCUCCCCCUUGGAGAACCUUUGUGACCUGGACAACGCAAACUGCCACCCGCUGGUGUGUUUUCUGUGUCACGAGCAGUACGAGCACCCGUGCCUCCUGGACUGCUACCACAACUUCUGUGCCAGCUGCCUGCGGGGCCGCGCCAUUGACAGCCGCCUGACAUGUCCUCUGUGUGGCCACCAGUCCAUUGUGAAAGGAAAUGGCCUCCCUCCGGAGGACCGACUUCUGAAGUUCUUGGUGGACAGCUCCGGGGACUGCGAGGAGGAGGCCCACUGUGCAAACUGCGACCUGCAAAGCACGAAGCAGGACUUGGAUGCCAUGUAUUUCUGCAACACCUGCAACCAGCCCCUCUGUGCCAAGUGCCGUGAGGAGACCCAUAAGGCCAGGAUGUUCUCCUGCCACGAGAUUGUCUCACUGACCAAGCGCACCAAAGACAUCCACAAGAAAUGCCCUCUUCAUGAAGAACUCUACAUCAUGUUCUCCACGGAAAAGAAGUCCAUGCUGUGUAUUAACUGCUUCCGGGAUAUGCCAGUGGAGAGCCGGGCGCACUGCAUAGACAUUGAAUCUGCAUACAUGCAAGGCUGUGAAAAGCUGGACCAGGCAGUGAUGGCGGUGAAAGAGCUGCAGACGUCCACGAGGGAGGCGAUUGUGCUACUCAAAGCCUUGAUCGAGGAGGUCCGCAACAGUGCUGACGAAGAGGAGACAUCCAUCAACUCACUCUUCAGCAACAUGCAGGAGAAACUGGCAGAGCAGAAGAAGAUGCUGCUAAAAGUUGUGCAGAGUCAGUAUGAAGAGAAGGAGAAGGCCUUUAAGGAGCAGCUGGCACACCUGGCCUCUUUGCUGCCCACCUUGCAGGUCCAUCUGGUGACCUGCUCUGCUUUUCUCAGUUCUGCCAACAAGGCCGAAUUCCUGGAUUUAGGCUACCAAUUGAUGGAGAGGUUGCAGAAAAUUGUCAAGCUGCCCCAUCGGCUGAGACCUUCCCAAACGAGCAAGAUCAACACCGAAUACAGAGCAGAGUUUGCGCACUGCUUGGAGCCGUUGCUGCUGCUGGCGCCACGCCGUUCCGUCGUGGUGAAUGGGGGGAGCAUCGGACCGGCGCUGAACAACAGUAACCUGAUGUCUGGAGGUCCAUGUUCGAAGACCCUGCUGGUGCCUGGCUGCCCCUCCGCUUGCGAGAAGAUGUCCCUGACGGGUUCCCUGGUCCGGAAGCCAACCAUGCACCGAUACAUCAGCACCAAGGUCCUUCUGGCCGAAGGCAGAGAGACACCGUUUGCAGAACAUUGCCGCAAUUAUGAGAAUAUGUAUCGGACCCUUCAAACGGAGAUUCAGAACUUGAAAGAUCAGAUGCAAGAGUUGCACCGUGACCUCACCAAGCAUCACUCCCUCAUAAAGACAGAGAUCAUGAGUGAGAUCUUGCAGAAAUCUCUCCAGAUGGAUGUGCAAAUUGCCUCCGAGUAUUCGUCGGUGGAGAUGAUGAGGAGUGCGUUUGAAGAGACCUGGGAGGAGACCUAUCAGCGAGUGGCCAACGAGCAAGAGAUUUACGAAGCACAACUCCACGAUCUGCUGCAGCUGAAGCAGGAGAACAGCUACUUGACGACCAUCACCAAGCAGAUUGCCCCUUACGUCCGCUCCAUUGCCAAAGUGAAGGAACGGCUGGAGCCCAGGUUACAGGAAGCAAAAGAGAAGGAUGAACACCCUCCAGAGAGCCUGCUCAAAAUCUAUGAUGACAGCAAGACAACGGUUGAGAUCCAGAACAGCGGCGGCAGCAGCAAAGACCGGGAGCAGUCCUCAGAACCCAAGGCAGAAAGCCAAAUUCUCAGCCCCGCGGCCGAGGACCCCCUGUUGAAAAGCAAAGACUAUUUCAAGAGCAAACAGAAAAGCACGGCUGACAGCCCUCCUCAGCAGGCAGGGCCUCGAGGACAGGAAGAACAGCUCCCGUGUUGA